AUGGACGCAAAAGAGGGUCGCAUAGGGAAUGCGUUUGCUUGCGAGCGCUGUCGCAAACACAAGGUUCGAUGUGUGCCUUCAGAAACAACUGGAUUGUGCCAAAGAUGCCAGAAGGCCCGCGUCGAGUGUAUCGAACAUGUCGCGCGCAGGAGACCAGCAAAGCCUCGCACGACUGUCCAAAAUCCAAGUCGUGUUGCUGAGAUGGAGAAAAAGCUCGACAAACUCUCUGCCAUCGUUACCGCAACAUCGCCGGCUCCUAAUUCGGCGUCGGCAACUCAGCCUUCCCUUCCGCCAGUAGCCACCACUCUUCCUACCCAGAUCUCAGAAAUCGGCCGGCGCACUCCAACUCCAGUCGCAACGCCAAUAGUGUCUGCUACAACGCCUUCGAAACCCUCAAUUUCUUCUAUUCCUCCUGUUGCGCCCGUUUCGUCUCUUCAUUCUGGCGGUCCGGUGUUGCCGAAUCAUGGAUCCCCGCCUGAAUCAGCCUCGUCCUUUUGGGAGUCACUCAACGAGACACUCUCGGGUGUGGGCCAGAUGAACUCAAUGAUCCGUACCAUUGGGGGCGCUCACAUGAAAAUGCUCAUCGAAUCGUUCCGGUCGAUGUCCGACUUCUUCCCUUUUGUCACAUUACCAAGUGGCGCCUUCUUUCAGGACCUGCUACAGCAACGGCCGAUUCUCAUGUUCGCCGCGUUCACUGUUGCCUCGUACGAUUCCGCGACUUUGCAGCUGACCCUGAGUCGGGAGUUCCGGAAUGUUGUGAUGGUCAGGACUAUGAAAGGGGACAAAUCGCUAGAUCUGGUACAAGGAUUACUCGUCUUCAUCGCAUGGCAUCACCACUAUAUGGAUUCGCAAGCGAUCUCAAUUCGGACCCUUCUCCAGCUUUGCAUAGGAAUUGCGACCGAUCUUGGAUUGGACAACCUCUCGAGUGGAUCGUAUUCUCGCGACCAGUCGCAGCAUCGUGAAGGGAAGCGGGCCUAUCUCGGGUGCUACUACUUGUCUUCCGCUCUCGGAAUGCUUGAUACCACAAAGAGCCGCAUUUUGUCCUACUCGAGUAUACUUCGUACAUAUGCGUCGGAACUGGCGUCCGGCUGGGAACACAAAACAGAUUCCAUCCUACCCUCACUCGUGGAAACUUGUCACUACGUCGAAGAUGUCCAGGAAACCUUUCAAAAUCACUCGGAACCCGCUCUGGUUGUUCGAUCUCAGGUGACGCGACUGAGCGACAAAUGGGAGAGCAUGCGGGCUGUUUCAAGACAGCUACCGGUGGACUAUAAAACUCUACAUUGGGUGCAGGCCGCCGCCAAGGUCCACCUCUAUCAAAUUGCUGCGGGAUUGGACAUUCAAGAUCGAGAUAGCACACCCUCCGCCCCGGGUUUCCAACUCUCUUUGCGAAUAAGUAGUUUGCGCUCGAUAGAGCAAUUUCUCGAAACCAGCCUACAGCUUCCCGCCGACCACUACGAAUAUCUUUCCAUAGUUGACUGGCUCAACCUUAUUGCGACCCUCACCAUCCUCGGAAAACUUGCACUACACGCAACGCCAAUGCCCGGUUGGGACACGAACGAAGUACAGGUCCCAAGGAUGUUUGAACAUUUCCGCGAGGAGCUCUGCGCCAAGAUUCCUCAACCACGGGAUAACGGUCAAGACAAUCAGGAACAUGUUUUCGAGCGAUUUCGCCGCAUCACAGCGAUCAUGAAAAUGUCUUUGAAGAAUGUCCACGGCCGGGGAAGUCCGAAUGGGUCAAGCUUCGAAAUCACAUCAAGCUCACGCCAAGCUGUCUCCAUUUUGCAGGAAUUACCACCGCUAAAAUUGAAUGGCGUCGUCAAUGGGGCAGAGCAGCUUCCGACGCCUUGGAAGGUCAAUCCCAGUUUCGAUAUGAACGGAAACGACUUUCCAUGGCGAUUCCUCAUGGGUGUGCUUUGA